AUGAACACCUACUUACAUCCGCUCGAUGCAUCACAGGAUCCAUACAAGUCAGACCCGCACUGUAGGGACAGUGAAAAUGGUACUAUGGGCAAAAUGCUGGUCGGCAGCAGAGAUUGUCGUCCAGAGCAUAAUGCUGGAGAGGACGACGCUAGAGAGGAAAGAGACCGACUGUCUUUCAUUGAGAGCAUAUCCUGUGCCGAGUGUACUGCAAGCCUUGCAAGUGGUAGCCGUGUCUCUCCCUCCGGCUCCCUGGCCAGCUGCUCGUUGUCGCAUCAGUCCGGUGUCGCGGCCACUGUCAGCAGUCUCGGUCUAACCGAACCGACUGGAGAGUCAGAACUGCUGCAGUUCUGUGUCUGCAGCCUACCGGAUGUGCUAUCCGAGCUGGCCACGACCAAUACUACUCUUGUCUAUUCAGCAACAGCAAGACUCAAACAUCCAUCAGCACCUCUGUCUUCUCCAUUCCGACUCCCUCCGCCUGUUACCUUUCCACCUGAAGUCAAAGCGACCGAUCAUUCGUCUCACCCCAUGGCUGCUGGCCGACACGAAGAUGUUCUUCUCAUGCUUAUGCCAGACGGCUCUUUUAAUGCCGAUGGUGAAUUAAGUAUUACUGAAUGGCCGGUCAACGCAAUCAACUGGACCCGUCAAGCUGAGGAAGCGGCUCAAGCAGAAAUGAACGAUAAAUUCGGGAAAUUUGACAUCCCUCCUAGACCUCAUGAACGUUAG